GAUCAAUUUAAUCCAAUGCCAACAACGCGCACCAUCGUCGACACCGCCAUCUUCGGUCUGGUCAUGUCUCUUUGCAAUAUAUAGACCCGCCGUGUGUAGCGUGUAGCCCUGGUAGCUAAAAGAGAUCUCUCGAAAGCUUCUCAGCACCACACUCCUUUUUGGUCCCUUUCUCGUCCUGAUUUUCUACCCCCUAUUUCGCGCCUCCGCCCCGUCUUCUUCGUCUUGCGGUAUCGGCGGUGACACGGCUGGGCACAAACCGCUCUGGCAACGUCCCUCCACCACAGCCAUGGCGACCGAUAUCCGGCAGAGAGCCCUCGAGAAGAUCGCGGCGCUCUCUGCGCAGAAUCCGUCGACAGCCUUCGACAAGUCGGACCUGAACAGGCUGUGCAGGGCGUGCCCAACGCUUACCAGAUCCAAGGAAAAUGGCUAUUCAUCGAAACCUGCGCUGGGACGCGUCCCGAUGACGAUUCGCGAAUAUGAAGUCCUGCUCGCCCUCUGCAAGGCCGCACCCCUGGUCCAGACGGGACAGAGCGCUCUCAAGCUUGCCCGCCAGCUCAUCCCCUAUCUUCUCGAGUCGCACGCCCAGCUGUUCUCCCAGUCGCCAUUCUUCCGCAAGAUCGAGCCGUCCCCGACCGAGGCCCUUACCCUCCAUGUCACUGCUGCGUUGCUCUCGCUUGGCGCCAACCACGAUGGCGUCCAGGAGGCAGUCUCUGACACUAUAUGGACUUUCACCAAUGCGUGCUUCCACGCCACCGAGAGCAUCAUGCCUAACCGAGGCGAUGAUGGAGAGGGCAACUUGGACGAUGCCAUCCGGACUGCGACCAUAGCUCUGUCGCUUCUGGGCUUCCUUGAUGCAGCCUCUGCCCAGGCCGAGUUUUGGAAGGCGGGUGGUCGCCUGUCUCUGAUCCGUCGACUUCGCAAGUUGCUGUCCGAGCCCUUCCUGAUCGCGGUCGAGACGGCCUUCUCAACCAUCCGUAACUCGCACUCGCACGACCAGGCUGCCAAGGAGUGGAGGCGUCGCAUGCGCCAAUAUGCCGAGGCCCGCCGGCCUCUUGGGGCCAUGCUGCUGCAAUGUAGCUUUAUGCGGCUGCUAGUGGCGACGACGUCUCUGCUGGUGGUCGAGGUCGAGCCGUUGAGGGAGUACCACGUUCUGGAUCUCCUCAUGUCGGGCGAGGGCUUGCUGCGCCCCAUGACGGCUAGGAGCGGCGAGGCCGACUUCCGGUCUGUCGAGGAGUACGCAAACGUUGCCAUUGAGCAAAUGAACUACUUCGAGGGCAGCGCCGACUUUAUCCAGAUGGGCUCAUCGGCACAGCAGAAUAUUGCCUUUGGCGCACGGUCCGCUGCCCUCAUCAGCUACCUGCUUUGCUCGAGGCUCAACGAGGAUGCCGCCGAUGUGGAUCUGCUCAUGUCGUGGCUGGAGGAGAGUCUUGCGGAUCUUCUUCAGAUGGCUAACGAGCAGCUGGUCUCCACCGCGCUUCGCUGCAUGGCUCUGGUGUGCCGCAUAUCCCCGUCUCUGGCCGCCAACGUCAGCCGGCUGCUGCCGCGCUUCAUCGUGCAAAGCGGUGCCAAUGAGCGAACGAUCGAGAUUGCUUCCAAGUCGCUUGCCUUUGUCCUGCGACUGCUGUCUUCAGACGCUGUCAUCACCACUUUGUAUACCCUAGGAAAUGUGUUGAGCCCGGGGAGCGACCAUUCGCUUGCAAAUGGGGUGAACGGCGAUGGCGAGGCGGCUCCGGCCAUGUACCAGGGCGGACACUCGACAGGGAGCGCUAUAUCCCUGCAGCUCACCGGAGAGGAGGAAACUUCGGCAGUGUACGGAAACGUUGUUCAGGCCAUCUGCGGUAUCGCCAUCUCGUGCAACGACGAGAAAAUCACCGCUCUUGCCCAGUCGAUGAUACUGCAGAAGAUUGGCAAGAUCAACUCGACUGUUGAUGCCCAGAUUGUGGCCGGGGCUGCGUCCCUGUCACUCAGUGGCGGUCAGCUGGAGUUCCGGUCACUUCUCAAGAUGUACACAAGGAUCUGCCACGAGGCCGUCGUUGAGCAAAAGGAUGUGCUCCUUGCGGCCGUCAUGAAGGCCCGCAACCACAUCUCGGCCAACCUGCGCCGUGGGUCGCCCCUGUAUGACAUCUACUGGGACCAUCUGAUGGACGGCAUCGUCACCCAGGGCGACACUAAGGAGUCGGACGUCCAGCUGGCCGCGCGUGAAAUCGAGCAGCUGCUCCAGCCGCUUGCAGUAUUCAUGUCGGCAAACGAUCUCGCAGUCGACGCCCACAUGGAAGAUGAAGGAUCUGCGAUGCUUCGGGAUGCGUGGUUCAACAUCGUUGUCCAUGGCUUUUCUCCAGCAUCCGAUCGGGGUAAAAAGUACCUCGACGAGCUGCGCAUCAUGGCGAUUCACUCGCCUCCUCUGGUGGCCGAGCAGCGCGGGGAGAUGGUCGAGAGCGAUAUCGAGCUCAACCCUGUUCUGCGCAGGGGCAUGAACAGCGAGCGGGAGUCGCAGCAGAAGAAACACCUCUCGGAGCUGCUCCCCUCAAAGGCCGCCGAGAUCCGCAGCCUCAGCUACCGCAAGGUCAUCUUCCUUCACGCCGCCUAUUUGGUGGAGAGUCUGCGCGCCGAGUCUGGAGACUGCGCAGCCGCGCUGUCAUAUUUCCUGGAGCCAAGCAUGCGCCGUGGCGAUGUAAGCAGCAUCAUGGAGGCCAUCACCGGCGCUGUUGUCGAGCGCUAUCUUAAGAAGACGCUGAGCGGCACGCAUCCCAGCUUCACGGCCCAGUACGCGGCCAAACAGCUGGUCGCCGUCUUCUGCAACUGCUGCCACCGAAUCGAGCGAGUCCAGCAGGCCGCCUAUUCCUGCGCCGACCGCAUCAUCAGCCAGGUCCCAUCGACCCUAUGCUGCCGGUCGUCUCUCUUCGCCCUCCUCGAGCUGCUGUCGCUGAUGUGGUCCAGCUGCCUCGAGGCCGAGACGGAUCUCUAUGAGCCCCGGACGACGUUCAAGUCGGCUCGCGGGCACGUCACAGUCGAGUUGUCAGACGACUAUGCCUUCCGACGGAAAACGCUAGACAACUUGUACAAGAGAGCCAAGGGCUGGGUCAGCACCGUCGUCAGCCUCGCGCCGGCUGACGUCAAGGGCCUGCUGCAGACGUACCUGUCCGACUUUGACGAUGAUGGAGCGUAUGGGCACAUCUCUCUGGGGCGGUCGUUUGCGCUAGAGCUCGGAUCCUGCAUCCCAACGACAGACCAGCGCCUCCAGUCGCUCAACAGGAUCGGCGACUGCCACAUAAACACGGCAUCGGACUUUGUCGCCCAGUACACGACUCGCCAGGAGUACCGGUACGCCGAGACGCUGCCGGACCACAGCCUGGAGUGGCUCAGUUUCAUGCGCAUCGACAGGCGCUCGUCCCUCCUGCCUGUCAGCCCUGACGGUGAUAGCAGCGACGCCGUCACGGCGCUCGCCCACAUCGAGGCCAGGCUCAACGAGAAGAAGAACACGCCUCUGGGCGAUGUUCGCGACAUUUUGCGCCGCGCCGCCGCCCUUCUUUGCCGCAGCGAGCGGCCAGAGUGUGCGGUUGCCCACUGCCUCGUCAGCAUCCCGUUUGCCAUGUUCACAAAGCAGUCCAUUAAGCUUGGAGUGUCUCUGUGGCUCGGCGUCAUGAAUGAGAAUCCGAUGCUGGAGCCUCGCUUGCUCAACGAGAUUGCGCAGCAGUGGGAGCUGAGUCUUCAGAGAAGGCUCGGCCUCUUCAGUCCUGCCAUCACCAACCCCGACCCCUUCCUCCUCAAGGAGGAGUUUGCCCCAAGCGACGCUGUCUUCAUGGCAAAGCGGAAGCAGCUGGUACACAACCUGCUGUCUCCCCACACGCGGCUGCUCCAGUUCCUCAGCAGUCACUUCAACGCCACCCGUCUCGGCAGCGCCGACACCCAGAGGGUCUUCCUGCGCCUCCUGGACCUCACGCUAGACGCCAUCACGUCUUCGACACCUCACCCCAUGGCCCGCGACCUCAAGUUCCAGAUAAUCCUCUACGGCCUGCGCGUUCUGCGCACAAGCACCACCCUCAGUGCCAUCGCCCAGUGGCGCCUGAAGGAUAAGCUCCUGUCAGCCGCUCUCAGCUGGUUCAACGGCCCGCCCAGCUGGUCAUUUGGCAGCAAUGUCCUCCAGCUCAGGACCGAGAUCAGACUUCUGUCGGAUAUCAUGGGCGCGGUUAAGGCCGUGUCGUUCAUAGGUGCCAACGCCGUGGGCAGUAUCAAGUCGCUCCAGGCAAGGGAACAGCUGUUGCUGCUGUUGCUGGAGAGCGAACACACCAGGCUCCGGGUCUGGGUAUACCCCUUGGGCGAGCCUGCCGCUGCCGCAGCGAAUGCGGCAGUGAACUACCCAUACAAAGGUGGCAUCGAGAAUGCCAUUUUCCCGCUCAUCCGCACUGCCUGGGAAGAGAACCCGUCGAUUGCUGUUGGUCUGGUCUCUAGGUUCCAGAACAACCUCAGGAUCCAUAAGGAAGUCCGAUGGCUACUGCUCAACUUCCCAAGCAAGGCCGUUUCCGACCCUGAGGCCAUUGCCGUCUUGUUGGAUGGCGGACUGCCUGUAGAUGUCACCGUUCAGCUCAAGCAUCUGCUCUACUGGGCUCCGGUGGCCCCCAUAACGGCCGUGACGUACUUCCUGCCUGCGUUCCAGAACCACCCUCUGAUUAUGCAGUACGCCAUGAGGGCGUUGGAGAGUCACCCUGUUGAUGUCACCUUCUUCUACGUCCCCCAGAUCGUGCAGACGCUGCGGCACGACGCUCUCGGGUACGUGGAGCGCUACAUCCUCGAGACGGCGCAGUUCUCGCAGCUGUUUGCGCACCAGAUCAUCUGGAACAUGAAGGCAAACGCCUACAAGGACGACGACUCGACGAUCCCGGACGCUAUCAAGCCCACGCUCGACAAGGUCAUGACCAAGAUGAACGAGAGCUUCAGCACGAUAGACCGCGAGUUCUACGAGCGCGAAUUCGCCUUCUUCGACGAAGUGACGGGCAUCUCGGGCAAGCUCAAGCCGCUCAUCAAGCGGUCCAAGGAGGAGAAGAAGCAGAAGAUCGAGGAGGAGCUGCGCAACAUCAAGGUCGAGGUCGGCGUCUACCUACCUAGCAACCCUGAUGGUGUGGUCAUUGGCAUCGACCGCAAGUCGGGCAAGCCUCUGCAGAGCCACGCCAAGGCGCCUUACAUGGCUACCUUCCGCAUCAAGCGCAACAAGACGAUUGACGCGACGGACAACCUGCUCGAAGAGUCGGCCAAGCCCAACGGAUCCAUGGCGACGGAGAACACGAUCGAGGUCUGGCAGUCUGCCAUCUUCAAGGUGGGCGACGACUGCCGGCAGGACGUGCUCGCGCUACAGAUGAUCGCGGCCUUCAGGGGCAUCUUCCACAGUGUAGGGCUCGACGUGUACGUGUUUCCAUACCGGGUCACGGCCACGGCGCCCGGGUGCGGCGUCAUCGACGUGCUGCCUAACUCCAUCAGCCGCGACAUGCUGGGCCGCGAGGCGGUUAACGGGCUGUACGAGUACUUCACGUCAAAGUACGGCAAUGAGGACUCGCUGCGGUUCCAGCAGGCGCGCAACAACUUUGUCAAGAGCAUGGCGGCCUACUCCAUCAUCUCGUUCCUGCUCCAGUUCAAGGACCGGCACAACGGCAACAUCAUGGUGGACGACGCGGGCCACAUCCUGCACAUCGACUUUGGCUUCUGCUUCGACAUCGCGCCAGGUGGCAUCAAGUUCGAGCGCGCGCCCUUCAAGCUCACGUCGGAGAUGAUGGCCGUCAUGGGCGGCUCGACCGACUCGCAGGCCUUCAAGAGCUUCGAGGAGCUGUGCGUCAAGGCGUUCCUCGCGUCGCGCCAGCACACGGAGAAGCUCUCGCAGAUUGUGCUGCUCAUGAUGGACAGCGGCCUCCCGUGCUUCAAGCCCGAGAGCGUCAAGCACUUCAAGGACCGCUUCGUGCUCGACCGCACCGAGCGCGAGGCGGCCGACUUUGUCAAGGACCUGAUCCGCAAGAGCCACGGCAGCUACUCGACCGGCUUCUACGACUCCUUCCAGCUCAUGACCAACGGGAUCCCGUACUAAGCUAGAGGGCUCUCUUUUUUUGUUCUAUACUUCUUUUCCCUCGAGAGUUCUGCGUUUGUCCUACAGCUGCUUGGUUCUUUUUUCCCUCUACUUUUGCACGUCAAACCCAUUUAAAGCCUCCUUUCCCCGGUUUAUACCCCGCCGUCAUAAAUGCUCCCACGUUUCAAACUAGUUACUGCCAUGUUCUUGGCAUGGCCUGUGGCGGACCCCUUCUGGGGUUGAAUGGUUGAAAUAUCCAUCUAGAUACAAUAUCAUAUGCUAAUAAUGUGCCGUAAACAUAAGAGGCAAAUAUAUAUGGGGCUGUAUCAUCACGGCGCCAAUUAAGCGUGCUUUGUACAUGUGAUGACACAGUGGCCGAA